AUGCUGAAAUUAUUAAGAGAUUUGAAAUUAUUGGCGUUACUCAAAGGCUUUACUGGAAAUAACUUGAAGCUAAUCUCAGAAUUCAGGGAGGCACUCAUUAAGAGAUUUGAAAUUAUUGAUAUGGGCAUUAUGUGUUACUUUCUUGGCCUUGAGGUUGUUCAGAUAGAUGGUGAAAUCUUUAUUUCACUAAAGAAGUAUGUAGCUGAUAUCUUGAAAAAGUUCAAAAUGGAAAACUCCAAACCAGUUUUAACUCCGAUAGUUGAAAAGUUAAAGGUGUCCAAAGAUGAGUCUGUUCGUGCAAUGGAUCCUCAGACUCUGGCCGAAAACUAUGCUGCUUUGUCCAUUGCGGCUGAGGAUGAGGGAGGUCUGGAUGCGCCCGAUGUUGAUCAGCCAAGUGGCAGCGUUGUGUACUAUGAACUGGUUGGUAAGUUGCUUACGGACCGUCCAGUUAAAUUUGAACACAUGCAGCAGAUCCUAGCGUCGGUAUGGCGUCCGCUAAUGGGUGUGAGGGUGAUUCCUUUGGAGGAAAAUCUUUUCUCGUUCCAACUCCCUCAUCAGCGAGACAUGUUUCGGGUUCUCGACGACGGUCCGUGGUCGUUCGAAAAUCAAACUCUCGUCUGCAAUCUGGUCCCACCGAGAGUUCGGCCGGAGGAGAUUAUUCUAGAUAGUGUGGAUUUCUGGGUUCAGAUCCAUGAUCUUCCUACGGUGUAUGCAAACGCAGCUUUUGUCCAGGAUAUUGGUAACUAUGUAGGGGUAUUUGUGAAAGUAGAUCCCAACAACUUUGGUGGACACUGGAAGAGUUUCUUCCGUAUCAGGGUUUCUUUGAAAGUUACAGAGCCCCUCAAACGUCGAAUGAAGCUCCGGCUACGCGAUGGUUCCUCCUACUGGGUUCUUUUCAAAUAUGAGCGUCUAAACACUUUCUGCUUCUGUUGUGGUUUACUAGGGCAUUCCGACAAGUUUUGUCGCAAAGCCUACUUGGAAGGAAUCGAACCGAAGGAUUACCCCUAUGGUUCGGGUCUUAGGGCAGGUCUCCGAAGGUCCGGUAGUCCAAGCCCGCCUUGCCCAAUGAGUACUUUAAGCUGGAACUGCCGGGGUUUGGGUGGCCCUCAGACAGUUCGGGAACUUCUAGGCUUUGUGUCCAGUCAGCGACCCAAUUUUGUUUUUCUUAUGGAGACUAAAGCUCAGUCUGCUCAGCUUGAGCGUUUAAAAAUUCGAUUGGGCUAUGAAGGUUUGUUUACAGUUGACAGAGUUGGUUUAGGAGGAGGUUUGGCGUUAUUCUGGCAUACUUCGGAUAUGGCUUCUCUUUUGAGUUACUCCGGAAAUCAUAUUGAUGUGAUCGUGACGUUGGCUGAUAAACCCCCUUGGCGCCUCACAUGUUUCUACGGCUUCCCAGAAAGGUCUAGGCGGCAACAGUCUUGGGAUUUACUUAAAGAUCUUAAAGAUCGAUCAAGUCUUCCCUGGGUUAUGAUCGGAGAUUUCAACGACAUUGCAAAUCAUGGGGAAAAGAGGGGGCAUAUUCCUCAUCCAGAUAAUCUCAUACGUGGGUUUAACGAGACUCUUCAAGACUGUGAGUUAUCUGACCUGGUUAUGAGGGGUCAUGAGUUCACGUGGACUAAGGGUAGAGGCACAGACCACUGGAUUGAAGAAAGGCUUGAUAGAGCAGUUGUGUCGAUGGAGUGGAGAGAUUUGUAUGAUGAUGCGUAUGUGCAAAACCUGCAUGCAGUAACGUCUGACCACAGUGCCAUUUUCUUGAGUUUGCAUGGUUAUCCUACAUGGCUGGCUACCAGAAAGUUUAAAUUUGAAUCGGCAUGGCUCUUAGAUGCUAAUUGUAGACAAGUGGUGGAAGCUUCAUGGCAUCAGUCAGCGGCUUUUGACUUUCAACAACGUAUCAUUAAUUGUGGUCAGGAUUUGUGGCGAUGGGGUGCUGAUCAUUUCCGUAAGUUUGGUAAGAAAAUUCAACAGUUGCGAGGCCGUCUUGAAAAUUUGAAACGUAGCUCGGUGCUGGCUGAUAUCACUUGCUUUCAUGAGGUGGAAGUUGAGCUACGAACCUUGCUUACCCAGGAGGAAAUUUACUGGAGACAGCGCUCAAAGCAGUUAUGGUUAAAGGAGGGAGAUUCGAACACAAAGUACUUUCACCGAUUUGCUAGCCAUAGGAGGAAGACUAAUCAUUUGCAACGCCUCAAGGAUUCCACUGGAUGUUGGGUGGAAGGUGACGGGAUGCACAAUGAGAUUGUAAGGUAUUAUGAGGAAAUUUUUAAAACUGUUGAGGGUGACCGUGGUAUUCUGGUGGAUGUCCCCACUCGCCUUUCACAAGCAACGAAUGAUAUCUUACUGCAGCCGGUUGAAUCUGACGAAGUGAGAACAGCUCUUUUCUCUAUGGCUCCUAACAAAGCUCCGGGUCCAGAUGGCAUGAUGCCCUCAUUCUACCAAUCUUUCUGGACCAUAGUUGGUUAUGAUCUUACUGCUUUCGUAUCCGCUUGCUUUAAUAACCGUGCUUUGCCAGUGGGUUUGAAUGUCACUAACAUGGUUUUAAUUUCGAAGAAGAAGAUCCCCGAGAGGGUUUCGGAUUUGAGGCCGAUAGCAUUGUGCAACGUGGUGUAUAAGGUGCUUGCUAAAGUUGUUGCCAACCGUUUGAAGACUGUUUUAAAUGGCAUUGUCUCUUCUUCACAGAGUGCUUUCGUCCCUGGCAGGUUAAUUUCUGAUAAUAUCAUUCUAGCAGGUGAAGUUGGCCACUACCUAAGAACGAAGCGAUACGGUAAUGUUGGUUGGGCAGCGCUGAAGUUAGAUAUGGCGAAGGCCUACGAUAGAAUGGAGUGGGGAUAUUUAGAAGGAAUGUUGCUAUCAUUAGGGUUUGCACAGCAGUGGGUGGAACUCAUUCGUAUGUGUGUUACCUCGGUGAGCUAUAACAUUCUCGUUAACGGGGCUUCAACCGGGAUGGUUGUUCCUUCCAGGGGCAUUCGACAAGGGGACCCCUUAUCGCCCUACCUCUUUAUUAUUUGUGCUGAAGGAUUGUCACUACUCUUUCAACAACAAGAGGCCCGAGGGAAUAUUCACGGAGUCAGAGUGGCUAGAGGGGCUCCAUCGAUUUCACAUCUUUUCUUCGCCGACGAUAGCCUCCUCUUCUUCAAAGCCACUGCAGGUGAAGCCCAGGAAGUGAAAAAUUGCCUUCGUUUGUAUGGUGAUGCUUCUGGCCAAUUGGUCAAUUUCGACAAAUCCAGCGUCACUUUCAGCAUGAAUACUACGCCAACAGACUGCACCUCUAUUGCACGUAUCUUCGGGGUAAGGCAAGCAAAUGACUUUGGUAAAUAUAUUGGCCUCCCAUCCUUCCUUGGUCGUAAUAAAACUGCUGUGUUUCGUUAUAUUGAACAGAGGAUCCGUGAAAGAAUUAAUGGUUGGCAGAAAAAGCUCCUCUCCAGAGCAGGGAAGGAAGUUCUGUUGAAAAGUAUUGCCCAGGCCAUGCCUCUCUUCUCUAUGUCUGUGUUCCUUCUCCCUCUGAAUGUGUGCGACUCAAUUGAGAAGGUUAUGAAUGCCUUCUGGUGGAACACAAAAUCAUCAUCCUCUCGAGGAAUACACUGGCUGAGUUGGUCACGGUUGGCUAUACCUAAAAGUAAUGGAGGGUUAGGCUUUAAGAGACUGCAUGAAUUUAACGUUGCUUUGUUGACAAAACAAGGGUGGCGCUUACUUGUUAAUCCUCAUGCCCUUGUGAGUCGUGUUCUGAAGGCUAAAUAUUUCCCCAAGACUUGUUUUCUGGAAGCGAAUAUUGGCCAUAACCCGAGCUACCUUUGGCGCAGCAUUUUGGCGGGGCAGAAGGUUCUUCGCAAGGGAGUCAUUCGGCGUGUAGGCAACGGGGUUGAUACCUUGGUCUGGGGUUGGCCCUGGUUAGCUGACUCGACUGAUUCUCGCCUCCAUACGCCCUGCAUUGAGGAGCUGAAAGACACUCAUGUUAGUAAUUUGCUGGAUAAUAAUGACUGUUGGGAUGAAGAUUUGCUCAGGGACAUUUUUUACGAACGCGAUGUGGUCAGGAUCCUCCGUACCCCAACUUCACCGAACUUUAUGGAUACAUGGUGUUGGAAAGGUGAUAUCAAAGGCUCUUAUACUGUUAAACAUGGGUACCAUAUUCAGACUAGUCAUCUAACAGUGCAUGGUCAUGGUCUUGAUAUUCUACCUGUGCUGGAGAUUUUACGAUCGAAGGGGGUUGCUAUAGGAGGUGGUUGUCCUUUCUGUGCUCAUGCGACUGAAUCAAUUUCGCAUAUUUUAUGUGAAUGCCCUUUGGCGGCUGAGUUGUGGGGCGUUUCUGACAUUCUCCAAGGGCGCUCGUUUGUUCAUUUUGUUGAGGCUGUGCUGCACGCAACAGAUGGCACCCAGGUUCUGCUAAUGGCUGCGAGGUUCUGGACUACAUGGAAGGCUCGUAAUGAUAAAAUUUGGAACGGGAGAUUAUGGUCUGUUGACUCGCUGAAAAGGCAGGUUGAUGCUCUGGUGGCUGCAUGGAAACAAUAUUAUCACACUCCCUCUGUUGGGCUUCAGCGUUCUACCCAAUCAUUGGACUUUUGGAUGCCACCCCCAUCUGGCAAGUAUAAAUGCAAUGUGGAUGCAGCUUUGUUUGCUACUGGAGUGGCUUUUGGUGCCGUGGUUAGAGAUUCCAACGGCAAGUUCGUGGCUGCUUGUGGAGGCUCCCUACUCUGUGUUAGUGAUCCUUUUGUUGCUGAAGCUAUGGCAAUAAAGGAGGCACUAACUUGGAUAAAAGACCGUGGUAUGACUCAUGUUAUUCUUGAAACAGAUUGCUUGAACUUUUGUAAUAGUUUCAAUUCUAUAUUGUUAGAUCUUUCAUAUGUUGGUUUAAUCAUUAAGCAAUGUAAGUUGAUUGCUAGAGACAUCGGGGACAUUGUUGUCCACCAUGUCAGAAGGUCAGCGAAUCAGGUUGCUCAUGUCCUGGCUCGGGCGGCUGGUUCUUUCCCUGUCCUUAGUGUGUGGGAUUCUUAUCCUCCUGAUUGUAUUUCCAGUUUGGUUGCGUAUUAA